UUCGCAUGUGUUUGUGAUGGUGGUUGGUUAUUGGUUCAGUUUCUGAGACUGUAAGUUCAUAGUAGUUUUCUCAGAAUCACUCCAAUGCAUGUGAAGUUAAGAUUAAAAUGAACAGUCAUUACAACCUAUAAAUUGUUCUCUAUCACAAUUAACAUGUUCAGAGAAAUUUGUUGUGAAGAAAUAAAUAGUAAAUCAGUGACCAAUCUCGGGAACUAUUUAGACUGCAACUUACUUGACAAUGACAGGUCUGAUCAUUCUCCCAUCAUCAACAGUGACAACCAGCUGAAGAAGACUUUCUUUGGAUAAGAUAUCAUUGUGUUCAUUCAGUCAUUUGUGGUCAUAGGAAAACAUUUUUCACUGUUAACUAUGUUUUUUGUGUAAAAUUUGGUUAAAUAUCAUCAGGAAAACUACUAAGUUAAGUAUUAUCUUAUAAGUUACAAUAAGUUUGCCAACAGUUGUGUGCUGUAGGAUCUAGAUUUAUACGUUUUAAAACAUACUUAAUUGUAAUUAUGUUAUUCACCACAGCCAUUUUAUUUUUUACAAUUUUUACCGCUCUAGUUGUUGUGAUAUUAUAUUAAAAUAAAUGAUUAUGAUUAUUAGUUCUAUAGCAUGGAUUUGGCUUUAAGUUUAAAACAAUCAUUUGAGUUGAAAAAGGGUAGAAUAUUCAUUAGUUUGUCUUUUAAGAAAUGUGAAUUACAUUUUUAUUGUGUGAUAAGUAGUAAUUAACAGAUUAAAAUAUGUAGACCAAAGUUCAAUUAUUGUUUUUCAAUAUAUUUAUACAUUUACCUAAUUAAAUUAUUGAAGAUAUUUACAUGUUUAUUGAAACACAUGUAGCUAUUAUUUAUUGGUCUUCAAGAUGGGCAAAUCAUAAUCAUUUUAGAGGCUACUUUGUUAAAUGUUUCAGGUUUAAUUCAUAAGAAUACAAUAUGGGCUAAAAGCCACAGAUACAAACAUGUAUUACUUUUAGGCCUAUGCAUUUUUAAAACAUGAUAUAUUUCAUAUACUAGUUGUUAAUUGGUCAUACUGCAGGAUAGUUGACUUAAUUAAUUAAUUACAGAGAUAGUUCUAUUUCAUUGUCUCUAUACUUGAGUUUAUCAUUUACAUCUUUUGCUUGUGGAAUAUGCAUGAUAAAUAAAGGACAGAGAAAGCAUAAAACUAAUCAGAUGAAAAUGGCUGGAGGAAAUCCUGUUGGCAGAGCAUGUCAGAAUAAUGAUACUUUAGCUCAUAUAAACACACAUCAAAAUCACUGGCAUGUUGGAGGUUUUCAACUCAAUGAAACCUUUUCUUGUGACGGUAACAGAAUGUGCCUGCGUAGGACACAACGGUGCUUACCUGCAAAUGCUGCUUCAGCAGUUUACACUGAACAACAUAACCUAGUGGAAACUCCUUCAGACUCGGUUUUACCAAGAUCUCGCAGUAUCAAUUACCCUCCACCGUACACAUCUGUGGUCACAACAGCAGGAAGGCGUCUUCCACCCCCUUCAUACCCUCCACCUCCACCUCCUGAUUUACAUAGUAUCCCCAGUAGUAGGUGUGAUCCUCCUCCUCUUCCUCAUCGCUCAAGAUCUCCUUCUCGAAGAUUGGCAUGCAAUAGACGCAAUAGUACAUUUAGACAUUUUCAUAGAAGAGGAAGGACUAGAUUAAAUGGAAGAAUGGGAACUUUUACUGCUCCUGCUGCAUCAGAAACUGAGGAACCUAAACACUGCUGUGGUGUGAUGGUGACACAAACUGUCAGUAUAAGGUGGUUUAUUGUGAUGAUUGCUUUUGUCGGACUUUGUUGUGCCAUAGUCGGAACAGUUCUAGGAGCUCUAAAAGCUACAGGAAGGGAACAUCUGACUGUUUCUUUGCUUAUGAUUGGUGUUGGCAUUGUCUUGAUAACUGUCAGUGGAGCAGCAUGGAAACUGACAUCACAUGAUGCUCCAUCUUGUCGUAUGAUGUUUGGAAUACAGUCUGAAAACCCUGAACCCAACCGGAGGUUUGUCCCUCGGAUACGUCCAAACGGUCGUCCACAGCACCCAUAUGGCGCCAUGAUGUAUCCAGAAUUUCAGUACCGGCCUCCUCCUCCCUCCUACCAAGCAUCUAUGCAGGAGUAUCGAUUGCGAUUGUUGCUACUUGAUCGACCAUCAGGAGUGAACUCUUCAGCCCUGUCGCCCAUCUCACCCCCACCCCCUACAUAUCGAUCAUAUCCAGUUAGCACAUUACAAAGAAUUCCUCACCAUUUCCUGGAACAAGAGUACAGUCAGCCUCCAAGUUACAGGUCUCGGGCAAGUUCUGCCCAGAUUUAUUCAGACAUGCUUGAACCAAGGCAUCUCACUACUCAUCGAGAGAAUGGUAAUGGUGGAGCUCCUAGUCAUCACAGCCAGGCUGACAGCUGUAAUCGAUCAUUUACGCUUAGCUUUCUGUCUCAUGAAUCUCUCUUUCCUGACACAAGCCGCCCCCGUCCUCUUCAUCCUCCUCAGGCUAAUCAGCCGGUAACAUUUACUAGUCCCAGUGAGGAGAGUCGAAACUCUGUGAUUGGUGAGCUCACCGAUGAUAGUCCAGUGGCUCCUGCUCUGCCCCCUAGAAUGUCGAGGUCUCUUCGUGUGCGAAAUGAACAAAGUUUACGAGGUGCUUGGAAGAACAAUGGUGCAGGGACCAAUGUGCAGAAUAAUCCAGGUAUUGUAAACCAUGGUGCUGUGAUAGUGUCUGUUAAUGAGCCAAACACUAACCAUACUAUGGUGCCAUCCGGUGACAAUUUUGGGGGAUUAUGCGAGAUCCCAGAACGUUCACUUGUUUGAGCAAAAUGCUAUCAGCAGCCAGUAUCUGUUGCUUUUCAGAUUUGGUGCAGGAAACUUUCCAUACUAAAAAUAGUUUGGAAUUAUAUAAUUAUUCUAGUAUCGGUUUUAGUUACCAAAGUAACAAUUAAUUUCUUCUACUUGUGUGUUCAAUAAAGCAUAUCACAUUUUUGUUGUCAUGAACAGUAUUUAUCUUCCCUUUUUUAUAUAACUGCAACAUUUAUUAGAUGUAAGAAUAGCUUUAAUAUUACUUUAUCCACCAUUAUAAUAUACACAGUGGCUCACUAUUGUGCUGCAUCCUGUGAAAGGAAACAGUCGGGGCAGUAAACUCGUGUGUGCACAAAAAUAGCCAAAAUUAAAUAGUGUAAGCAUUGCUAUUAACAUUCUUAGUGAAGUUGCCAAAAGAAAGAAUAGCCAAUCACUGUUUCAGACUUGCUACAUACAAAUAUCUCUGAAAUGGUUUGAUUAGCUGCUAUUUUUUGUUCGUAGUGACAUACGAUUUCUACUGAAUGGUAUUUUAAAUAAAAGUAUCAAAAAGCGUGAGUAUAAAUUUUCAAAAAUUAACAAUCAGAAUAUUUUCUGUAGAGUGUGCUUUACCCGAUCUCAGAAUUUAGUAGUUACAGUAUUCGAUUCACUAGCUUGAACUUCAAGAAAUAAGAAGGUAUGUUCUGUAGAAAUAUUGGCAAUGUGAUUUGCCAGAUGUGUGCUUUAUUGAAUGGUUAAGGUACACUACAUAAACUUAAAUAUACCAUCGUAAGAAAGCUUUAUAAAGUUACUAACUGAAUAGUUUCUGUUGAAAAAGAGUUUAUUUAAUACCUUGUGCGCAUUUUCUGAAAUAUUCCACGAUAGCAUACUAAACAGUCAGUCUUGUUUAUUUUCAUAUACCUAUAUAUACACACACACACACACACUUUCGUAGGUAAAAAUUAUCUGAUUCAUUUUGCAGGAAAGAAAGCUCACAUUAUUUUUCAACAUAAAUAGUUAAAAUAUCAAUUGACUUGCAUAUGAUUUUUGAGUGAGUGAUGAUAUGUAUAUAACCUUACUUAAUAGAUAUUUUUUUCUCUCUUAUUACUUGUAAAUAUUGAACAUAAUAUAAAUUUUUCAAGUCUUUUUACUAAUGUAACUAUCAUUUUCACUUAUAUAGUAUUGAAAAGGCAGUGGUACCUGAGUUGAUGAAGUCUGAGGACUUUCUAAGCUAGGAUUUUUUGCAAACAUGUAAAUAAAUUAAAUGUGAACUGUACAUUUUGAUGAAAAGUAAUUAUAAAUCACAUUUGUUAAGUACAGUGUUUACCAGCCAAUUCAUCCUUUGCUAGUUAAUAAAAGAUUGCUUUGUUUGUUUGGUGUGAAGAUUCGCUUGUACAGACAACAGUCACUCAUUAUUACAAACACUACAAUAGUGUAAACAUGUAUUUUUAAGUUAUUGCUUAGAAUGAAAUGUAUAUAUAUAUAUAUAUAUAUACAUUUUUCUGUAUAUAGUGUGAAUCUGGAUUAUGCAGGUGUGAAUUAUAUCUUUAUGAAUUAGAGCAGAAAUGUAAUAAUUCAUAAUGUGCAUCAAAGUAAAACUUCAGCAGUGUGUCAGCUUGUGUAAUGAAUAAAAAUCUUGGAUAUAUGUUUACCGCAAUGUGAAUUAAGGAAGUUGGGUUGCAGGCAUGAAAUGAGUAACUGUCUUAAGGAUAAUAACCAGUUUAUUAAAUCAUUGUGAUUGGUGAUUCAUUGAAUUUAAUGCAGCUUUCUUUUUUCAUAAGUACAAAAAUAUUUAUGGAGCAUAAACUACAACACACUAAUAUAGAAAUUAAAAUGAGCAGUUGUUAUGUGUAUUUUGCGUUGUUAUAUUUUUUUCCCAACUGAUUAUCUGUGUAUAUAUUGUUAUUGUUUUCUUAGGGCACAGCCUAUAUUUUUUUAACUUUUUCUUGUUUCGAAAGAUUGGUUCAAAACUAUAUGCACAUUACACACUGUAGAAAUUGACAUAUUUAAUAUUUAAAAACAUUUAUAUUUGAGUAUCUAUUAAUACCUAACCUGUUCAUCCAACACUGGGAAUUAAUCGGUGUCUGCAAUUUUGUUUCUCUGUUUGUGAAAAAAGUGUGGAUGUGGUGAACUUUAAAAGUUGAAAGAACUGAUGGUGAAACAGUCUACAUGAUGAUACACUGUAGUAUUUAUAUAAAUGUAUUUUUACAUUGUUGUAUUUAGUUGCAUUGUUACAAUUACUUUGUUUUCUUUUUUGUGAAGUUAUUGUACCUCAUGUAGCACAUUGGUGCAGGAAUAAAUACUCAUUUUUUUCUGA